AUCGCAGGCGGCGGGCGGCCACCGCCUCCAUUUAAGGAGGGGAGAACGGUGCGGGCGGCAGUUGCUGUGGUUUCCGUGUUGAGGUGGCUUAGUUUUUACGGGAGCUGAAGUUCACGGACGCAGCGUCGCGUGUCCAAGUCCAGCUGUCUGUGGCUACCGAUCGGGAGGUCAGGAGCGCAGCGUCCUUUCUUCGGACUAGGGCCAGCUCCCUGUUUUCCCUUCGCCACUUGGUGCCAAUAUUUAGGUCGUCUUCGGCGCGGCUGAGGAGAAGGCCGCGGGCGAGAUGUUCAAGAACACGUUCCAGAGCGGCUUCCUUUCUAUCCUCUACAGCAUUGGCAGCAAGCCCCUGCAAAUCUGGGACAAAAAGGUACGGAAUGGCCACAUCAAAAGAAUCACCGAUAAUGACAUCCAGUCCCUGGUGCUAGAGAUUGAAGGAACAAAUGUCAGCACCACAUAUAUCACAUGUCCUGCAGACCCAAAGAAAACAUUGGGAAUUAAACUUCCCUUCCUUGUCAUGAUUAUCAAAAACCUGAAGAAAUAUUUUACCUUUGAAGUACAGGUACUAGAUGACAAGAAUGUGCGUCGGCGGUUUCGGGCAAGUAACUACCAGAGCACCACCAGGGUCAAACCCUUCAUCUGUACCAUGCCCAUGCGGCUGGAUGAUGGCUGGAACCAGAUUCAGUUCAACCUGUCAGACUUCACUCGGCGGGCAUAUGGCACAAAUUACAUUGAGACCCUCAGGGUGCAGAUCCAUGCAAACUGUCGCAUCCGACGGGUUUACUUCUCAGACAGACUCUACUCAGAAGACGAACUGCCAGCAGAGUUCAAACUGUAUCUCCCAGUUCAGAAUAAGGCAAAGCAAUAACUGGAAUGCCACUCAAGGGAUAGACCCUGGAUGUGACUCUUAGUUUAAAAAGGAAACUAUCUGGAGGACAAUGCAAAAAACAAAUAUUUAUAUUAGUUCACUGUGCUCCAGUUCUUUUACCUACUCCUUGGCGUCCCUGGUUGUGGCUACCAGUGACCGUGCCAUGCAUUGAUGAGGCUGGAAUUGUGGGCACUGGCUGUUUUGACUUUGACUAGAGGUAAAAACACAGUGCUGAAUUCGUCAUUACUGUUGCUGCCUCCUGAGAAGUUAAGUGACAAGGAGCACUGUUCUCCCGCAUCCUUAUCCUCCAGAGUGUGCUCUGGUCGUCAGGACCUGGCACUUAGGUGGGUUCAGUCAAGACGACUUUGCCUUCCUCUUCCUGCUAACAGCUGCACUGGAGCCGCCUUCACCGUGGAUGCUGCCCCUCUCCUUGGAGAGUCACCAUCGUUCAGCAUCGCAGAGCACCCAUCAGCCCAGGAAAUUCCAAGGAAUUUAGGAGCUAUGUGCCAGGAACUCAGAGGAAGACCAAAGGUCAGUGCUGGAGAAGGUCCAGGGCUCAUCUGCAUCGAAAUGGGUGUCCCCGCCCAGACCAGGGCCAGGGAAAUAGGCGUGGGCCAGAAAGCCACCUGUGCCAUCAAACGGUGAGCUGUCGCCGUGGAAGCCAGAGGCAAAGAGUACCAUGAUGUCGGCCUCCUUCUGCCGCCGCAGCCGGAUGUCCUCAUAGGGUACCUCCUGGAAGACCAGGGGCGUGGCCUGCUCCCACACGCGGAAGGCCCGACGCACCGCCUCCAGCGAGUGGUACCAGCCCAGCUUCUCCGUGUAGUUCUGGAUGCUGCAGGUGGGCACGGGGGCCCCUGCUGCUUCUGCUCCAGUUAGGAAAGGGCACUAACAGGAGCACACGGUGGGGCCCCAGCGGCCAGCAUGGAGGCGCGGGCAGAGACUGGAGCAGAGAAGCCUGGGGCUGCGGCGCCACAGUCAGACCUGAAGGUCAAAAAGCAGAAUUCCAGCUGACUCCUACCCCUUUUUCUGCUCUCCUGCUGAGCUGCCAGAACCAGCUGAAUCAUCUGUUGAGACUUGAUGGUUGCUAAUUGCUGUACUGUAGGAUCCACAGACAUUUGAUGAGAGGAAUACCUUGAAGAUAAAUGGAAAGAUGAAGGUUAGAGGCUGAAUUGGUCCUUGUGCCCAACUUUGGAGACCUUCAGGGAUCUACCAGAAGUCCCAGGACCUGUUGUCCUUCCUCAGUGGGUGGUGUCAGCGCGACGGCGGUGAUGCACACACUUCUUCGUUCACAGCUCGAACCUUCCUGGUUAUGGCAGAGAUGUCAGGUAGAUUGCUGAGGACAAAGGUGCAGCAGUUGCUUCCAACCACUGUACACGUGCCCCCUUUUUGGGUCGUAUCAAGGGCAAUGCAGAGCACAGGCUCCGGAUGCGCAGGCUCAGCGGCCAUGGCUCACGGGCCCAGCCGCUCCGCGGCAUGUGGGAUCCUCCCGGACCGGGGCACGAACCCGUGUCCCCUACUUCGGCAGGCAGACUCUCAACCACUGUGCCACCAGGGAAGCCCGUGGAAGGUGGAUUCUUAACCAUUGGACCACCAGGGAAGUCCAGGAAAUUUCUUGAUGAUGGCAUGUAAUUCUGAGAGAGACCAAGGUUUAAAUGUUCUCUUUUCUGUUUGCCUCCCUUGAGAAUGGGUAACAACCACACCCUGAGCUUCAUCUACAAGAGGUGGGGAUCUGGAGAACCUUACAGUUUCAGGGAGUUGAGGGGCUGGGGUGCCGCUGGUGAAGGACGUUCUGGGAGAGAGGGACAGAUAUCAUGGAGAGCUGGGAGGGGAACUCCGGGGCACUAUGAAGGUGUCUAGGUUUCCUGGGUCAGAAAACAUUUUCUUUUUAAAUAUUUAUUUAUUUGGUUGCGCUGGGUCUUAGUUGCGGCAGGCGGGCUUCUUUAGUUGUGGCUUGCAGGCUCCUUAGUUGUGGCAGGCAGGCGGGCUCCUUAGUUGUGGCAUGUAAACUCUUAGUUGCGGCAUGCAUGUGGGAUCUAGUUCCCCUACCAGGGAUCGAACCUGGGCCCCCUGCAUUGGGAGCGCAGAGUCUUAACCACCACGCCGCCAGGGAAGUCCCAGAAAACAUUUUCUGAAGACAUUAUUUAAGAACUUCAAUAGUUUGAAUGAGGUUUGAAUCAUUUAGCUGUUUUCGGCCUCUUCAUACCGAGUGAAGAAAGUGGACCACUGUGCAUCAGAAAUUUUAGUUCCCUUUUGCCCUAGGGCUUCCCCUUGGGUGGACUAAUUUGAGCAGAUCCCAGGAGCCCCAGAGGGGCUGUGUUAGCUUAAGAGAGUUUGUGGUCAAGUUUUGCCAACAAAAGCAGACAGUACUAGGGCCGUAGAAGCAUGUGGCCAGCAGGAGUCUGAGGAGAGUUCCCGGUGAUUAAGAAGCCCCCAUGUUCUUGACUAAUAGUGCCUUUACACGUACGAACAGAAAAACAUGGGAUUCUAACCCAGCCUGUCCCUUACAGGGACCAGCCUCGUACCAACAGAAAAGCCUAGGACUCUGACCUAGCUUGUUACAGAGAAACCCAGGACUCUAGCCUGGCUUUGGCUUGUCUAGGGCUCUAACCCAGUUUCUAGAGUAUACUCUGAGUCCUAAGAAUCAAGAUCUGUCCUCAUUCCGCGUCAAUGGACAUUUAUCCAGAGCACUGGGUUUUGGAGUCGGCCUCACCACUGGAUCCCCAAACCAGCAAGCAGACCGGAGACAAAACGUGUAGGUAGGUGUGCCCUGUGAGGCCUGGCUGUCGCAUCUGAGGAUUCAGUGGUGGUUCUGAUCCAGAUCUGAAUCAUGGCACCAAAAACUGUUCAAGAGAACUAGAGCUGGACAGAGGUUAAAGUAGUAAAGAGACAUUUUAUUCAGAAAGACUAUUGCAAUAGGGGGAGAGUGAUUCAGUUAGAUAUAUGUAUAUCUAACUGAAUGUAGCCUCAGUCACCCAGCUCUAAACCACCACCCCCAUCUCACCUCUAUCUUUUCAUCUAGCCCCUAACCUCCCCGCUUUUUUUCCUGGAGUCUUUUGAAUUAAAGCCCAGACACCUCAUUUCACAGCACAGUUUCAUUCUGAGACCCUGCUGUGGCGUGAGAGGUUAUACAAACAGCUCUGGAUCCGAAGCCAGGCCAGGGGUUCCUGCCCAGCACGAAUUUACUCACUGGGCAACCUUGAGCAAGUUAUCUCCCUUCUUUGGGUUAGCCUCCUCAUCUGUUAAAGGCAGAUUCUGGCUCAGGUAGAGACUGAGAUCCCUCGCUCAGGAAAGGAAAGGCACUGUGGGCUGGAGCCAGGCCCAGAGACCCCACCCCCACCCCUGGCGCCCCCUGCGGGCCCCCUGGGCUUCUGGUACCAAGACAGGGAAUAAACAAACAAGCCGAGGUAAUUUCCCGCUUCCUUGGAAACAAAGCUGGGGUGGUCUGGAGAGGGCUGUGGAGACAAGGGAGAGUGCCAGGUGGAAAAGGGCCAAACAGGCCGAGAGAUGAUGAUUUCUCUGCCCUGCGGGGAACAUCUGAGGACACCGAGGCCAGAUGUGUUGAUUUUGCACCCUCCCUGGUGUGAUAAGAUCCCCCUCGAGAGCGUGUCUUUAUUCCGAGCCAGCCUGCCGAGGGGUGGACCCCAGCCUGCUCUGGUCUUGCCUCCUGUCUCCGGAGCACAUCUCCUCUUAUGGAAGAGCCCCAGCUGCUCUUGCACUGUCAGCGCGGCGCCCGUGAACGCACCCUCUCCAGCUGCACUCUCAGUGUCUGGGUGCCCGCCAAGCCCUGCCGCCUGCUGCCCCUCCCCGCUUGGUGGAUCUCCUGCUUCCUUCCUCUAUCACCACCUUCCAUCCUCUCUUGAAGAGCCGGUUAUUGAUCUUGGCCCAUUUAUCAAAGUCGCUGUACUCUAAUUCCAUCCGUGCCACAUCUUCCCCCAGGGGCCUGGCCGGCCAGUCUGUCCUCCUGGGUUUGUUAAUGGUGAUGCUACAUGACAUGGGGGCCCCUCCCAGGAAGAGCGAGUGCCUGAGAUGCAGGCUCCAUGUCCCUGAUGAGGAAGAUCAGGGGGUCUGUGCCCACAGAACCCGCCUUGUUGGAGGCUUGCCUCCAUCCUGAGGUUGGAACCUGUAGGAAUUUCGGUGGCUUUACUUGUAUCUCCCAGUAUGAGAUGUGCGAAGGUUGGGGAUGGGGAUUCUUCUCUGCACCCUGUCUGCUACCACCAUCCCCCCGCAUCACUGCGAGUAUCCAGAGGGCCAGAGGAGUCUGAUUCACCCAACUGCCCAGGUCAGGGACUGGCACAGAGCAGGUGCCAGUAAGUGCUGGCUGCACAGAUUUGCCAGGAAGGAUGGCCGGCUUCUCCCUCUCCAGCCCGCGUGACCGCAAAAGCCAGAAGAACUGACUGGCCAGUCCUAGUUGAAUCAGCAGCUCAAUGCAGAGGGCUUGGGGAAGAAGGGCACAGAGUGUGAUCUCCUGGGUCUCUCAGCAUGGCGAUGGGGAGCUGGCCUCAGGAAGCGCAGAUGGGAGGCACAGUGGGGGCCAGAGCCACAGGCCCCCUCUCCCCACAUCUUUCCCUUGGGGGCUCGGGGUGGAGUAGGGAGAGCAGGCCUGGCAGGCUGCAAAGGGCAGCAUUGAGGUUAGGGCCUUACCUGACUUCUCAUGUGACCCCAGGCAAGUCAUGGAACCUGCUUUUCUGGAAAAGCAGAAUAAUCAUUCCAACCCAGUUUACUUUUCAUGGGUUCUUGGGAGGAACAGCUGAGAGGGUCCUAGAAAGGACUCAGAAGUGUUAUAGCAGGAUCGCGUCUAAAUGUCUGUGCUUACGCCCUGGUCUAGGUGUGGUGUGUGCGACCCUCUGGCCAGCAGGCCUGGCAGGCCAGGUGACCCCACCCUGUACUGAGGGACCCUGUACUGAGGCAUCGCUAAGGCCUCUCCCAGCCACCUUAGACGUCGUAACAGAGACUCCCGAGAGCACCGCCAAACUGUGAAGCAGGCUGGGGAAGAUGGGGGCAGAGGAAAGUCAUCUUUGCACCUAGUUGAAAAGAAGUGGUCCAAAACAAAAUCCAGAAUAAAAAUUGCAAUUUUUAUUUGCUGAACCUAAUUUUAAGCUAAAACAUCAAAGUGUCUCUUCCUCCAUCACUAGAAAUCAGAUGGCAACUGGUACUUUGCUCCCCGAGAGGGCUCGAAGAAGAACAAAAACCCCUGUGCAGCCCCUGGCCUUUCCUCUGCAGCCCCUGGGGUUGCCCGCAGGCCACAGCAGGCAGCUGGAGGCAGGAGAAAGAGAACUCUGCCUGGUGAAGGCUCCUCUCUGCUUCUUUGGGAAGCUGAUGGGAAGCCAGAGGUCACAGAGCGUUGGAGGCCUGGCUUAAAGCCACCAGUCAGGCCAAGAUGAAACAUCUGCUCAAGUCUCCCCAGGCAUAACCACCACAGACCUAGAACUAGGAAGCCCUGGCUGCCCUCUACUGGUGAUUUCUGGGGAUGAUCGCAACGCAGCAGCACCCAACCUGCAACCCCAAAAGGGCCAAAAGAGAACCAGCUCCCGGGGAGGACCAGAAGCGGCUGCACAUUUGGCCGGGCCUCCCAGUGGUGGGACUGGCAGCGUCCCCAUCAGUCUGAGUGGGUUCCUCCAUCUCUGCCUGGCUGUAGAGGGCGGGGCCCAGGACAACGAGGGCCUCUGGUGCUCACUUCAGAGGCAUCGAGAAGAAUUUGUUCCCAGACUUGCAGCGGAUCUGCUCGGCGUGCGCACGCAGCAACGUCUCGGAGUCUUCAAACUCACCCACGAUUUCCUUAAACCAGGAGAGGACCAUCACGUUAAGGGGAAUCAGGGACCCCGAGGGCACUGCAAACAAAGCCAGCCUACUGAAAUCCUUCAGAGGUUAGGCCUGUUCGGGGGAGGCUGAGGGCCACGCAGGCGCCAGGCUCUCCAGGUUACCUUGUCUAAUCAGCUCUGCAGUCUUGUGAGGUCAGUCCUAUCAUCCCAACUUUGCGGGUAAGGAAAUGGAUGCUCAGAGCCCUGGACCACAGAAUCCAAUAAAACCAGGCUUGGGACCUGGGUCUACUGGAGCCUGAGACCGGAGCUCCUUGCUGCCUCCAGAAUGAUUAGACCAAGAGCAGAUGUGGCUACUUGAUGAUGGCCCACGGGCUGUGUCCCGUCUGCACAUGUGUUGUCUGGCUCGCAAAAUGUUUUCUUAAAAAAUACAUAUUGGUUGCCAGCAUUUGAAAAUAGAGGGAUUACCCACAAAAAUUAAGAUUUCUGGCUUCUCUUGAAAAACAGAAGUGCUUGCAACACGAGGUCCACAUUCCUGCAUGGCAGCUGCCUGCACCAGGGGUGAGUACCGGCUUCUCUGAGGGCACUGACGGGAAAGUGAAAGAUAUCCCCUACUUAUCACAAUAUGAGAAAGGCUGUGAGGGUGGACGUUCUUUAGACCUGGUGCGUUUCACUCAUUUCCAGCACCUGCCAGGCCCCUGGGAGCACCCGAGCCUUUGACCUCUGGGUGAGGGUCUAGGACUUCAGGGGAGGCCCGCAGCAUCCUCUCAGAUUAGUGUUCUAGGGCAGGGCUUCUCAAAUUUUAACGUGCACACAAAUCCCUAGCGAUCUUGUUAAAUUCUGAUUUCUUAGAUCUGGAUUGGGGCUUGAGUGAGUGUUGCUAAUAAGUUCCCAGGUGGUCUGGGACUGCACUGUGAGGCGCAGGGUAAGGUGUUGGGGUCUCUGGCUAUGCCAGUUACUUCCUAUGCCAGGAUUCAGGUUUGCAUGCCUAAUCCUCAGCGCCUGUCAGCUCCCCUCCAUCCCCCAGCUUCUGGGGUUCAGCACCUUCCAUGCUCCUGCCCUGGGAAUUCACCUGUAGUUCCCGCAGGCACUGCCCUUCCAGCUGGAGACGUGCAUCACCCACGCACCAGGCCAGACUGAUGUGGAAUGAGGGGUCCUGCAGAGGAACGGCGGGGAGACAGGCGGUCACCUGGAGGUCGUGGCAGGCGCAGACAUCAAAGCAGCUCUGUGACAGAGUUGUCACGGUAUCCCUGCUGCAUCCCUGACCUGAUUCAUGGGAGACUAGAUCCUCAGUGUUGAUCCCAAGCACCCUCCACAGACAGAUAAAAUAGCCCUGGAUUGGUCCCUGCUAUGGACUGAAUUGUGUCCCCCAAAUUCAUAUAUUGAAGCCUUAACCCCCACUGUGAUGGUAUUUGGAGAAGGGGCCUUUGGGAGGUAAUUAGGUUUAGAUGAGGUCCUAAAGGUGGGGCCCUCAUGAUGGGAUUAGUGCCCAUAUAAGAGACGGCAGAGAGCUGCUUCCUCUCUCUUUCCAUCAUGUGAGGACACAGUGAGAAGACGGCCAUCUACAAGCCAGGAAGAGAGGCCUCAACAGAAACUGACCGUGAUGGCACCUUGGUUUUGGACGUCUAGCCUCCAGAACUGUGAGAAAGGUCUAAGAGCCCUAGCAGGGCCGUCUUCAUCUGCUGCUGCCAAGGCUACGGACCCCCAGGCUGUGGCGCCCAGGCUUGCCGGCCUAGCUCCCAUGUCGGACUCUUUCUCCAGGGCUUCCCUCUCUGGCACUUCCCUCUCCCUCCCUCUCUCACGCCUCCCCGCCCAUCUUCAGUCCACUCGGCCAGGAACCGCUCCCGUCAAAGCUGCCAACCACCUGUGUUCCUGAACUCAGAUACUUGACUCCUCCCUCCCUGAAGCCCUUUUUUCUCUUGGCUUCCAAGAGACCACCCACCACACAGUCCUGGUGUGACCCCACCUCUGGCCUCCUGUCCAGUCUCCUCUGCCGCUCUCUCCUUUCCAGCCUCUAAAUGGUCAGGGGCUGCAGAGCCGGCGACGCCUGCCCUCCCCCGCAGGCUGAUCUCACCCAGCCCUGCUUUCAGUAUCACACAGCCCGAUGGCUCCCACAUUUCUAUCUCCGGCUGGCACCUCUCCUGUAUACCCACUUGUGUGUGCGACUCUUCCACCCGGGGGUCUCACAGGCGGCAAAAUACACCAGGUACAAAGCAGAACUUCUCAUCUUCCUCCCACAGGUGUUUCCCAUCACAGACAACGGGGCCAUUUGUCUAUAUUUACCUAGCUGUUCAAACCCCAAACCCAGGAAUCUACUUUGAUUCUUCCCCUUACUGUGCACAGACCCAACCCACUGGUAACUCCAGUUGAUUCUACCUCCAGUAUAUCGGGAAUGUGUCUGCUUCUUGGCUCUUCCACUGCCAUCGCCCUAAGCCAGGCCACCACUGGCGCCUCACCUGUCUCCUGUCUGCUCUCCCUGCAUCCAACCUUGCUCUUUUAGAUCUUUUCUCCACUCAGGAGCCACAGACACAGACAAGAUAGGGCCGGACUGACGUUUACAAACGUAAAUCGGAUCACGUCUCUGCUUAGAUCCCUCCGAUGGCUUCUGUGACACUGAAAAUCCAAACUCCUGACCUUGACCUUGAAGGCCCUGCGGGAGUUAACCCUGCCUGACUCAUCUCCUCACACUCUCCCACGUGCUCCCCAAGUUCUGCUUCACUGGCCUCCUCCAACAUGCCAGGCUCUUUCCUCCUCAGUCACCUCCUUGGCUGUGUCCUCUGCUUGGAGGCUCCUGGGGUAGCUCUUCCCAAGGCUGAUUCCUUCUUGUCCUCAUGUCGCCAUCAAAUGCCACCUUGCUAGCGCCCUCCUCGGCCACUUGCUCCAGACUAUCGUUUCACACGAUAGUUAUUAACGAUCUCAUUUCCUUGUUUAUUGUCUGUCUCCCCUGCAGAAUGUGAGAUCCCACAGAGCAGAGACUAUGCCGACCUUUUCACUGCUGAUCUGUAGUGUACAGCAAGUGCCUGGCACCGGGAGGUGUUUAACAAGUUUGUGCAGCAUAGAAUGAAUGAAUGAAUGAGCGAAUGAGUACUCUUCUCAGAGGUGCUGAGAGCAGAAGGCAGCUCAGAUCCAGUGAGUGGAUCUGACAGGGAGGCUUGCUUUGAAGCCUUGAUAACAACAGUUUCUUCUUAUGUUCAUCUCAUCCUUGAAUGCUUUUAUAAAACUUGUUUUGUUCAUCUGAGCUUCACAACUGCCCAAUGAUGGAUGCUUGGAAAUGGGACAGGAUGUGAUGGAUGAUGUGACAGCUUGGAAAUGGCAGGUCACAGAGGUUGAAGGUUAACAAAAACCAAUUCUGAUCCAGUCUAAGCAACAAGAACAUUUCCGUGUGCCUGGGCUGAGCUUGGGGAUCCUCAUACAACUCUGCGAGGCAGGUGCUAUAAUGACACCCAUUUUACAGACACAGAAACUGAAGCUUGGUGAGGCUGAAUUUGCUACACAUCAGGGAUCUGUGUAACACCUCAUCAGAAGAAAGGACUCUGCAGAUAAGACCAGGAGUAGAAAACCACCACCUGGAUGGCUUCUUAGGCUCCUACUGGAACCAACAUUCAGAGGAUCCAGAGGAGGAUUUCUGGGCUCUCUCUCUCCUGCUCAGUGAUUCAACAAACACCCAUUUGAUGCCUAUAGUGAGCAAAGCACCUGGACAAAAGCUGUGGGGUAAUUCAGAGAGCAGCCGCAUUCCUGGCCUGCAGGAACUUGGGCUCCAAGCGGGAGAUGGGACAUGGGGAUGACUGAGUAUGGAUAUGAGGAUGAGUGGAACAAGCACUGGGGUGUAGACAAGCACAGGACAGCAGGGUCCCUGGGCCUGAAGAAUUCUGGAGGAGAUACCAAUUGGGACAGCCUCAGUGAAGGAGCAGUGCUUUGAUCUGGCCAAGUCUCGAAGGAGGGGCAUUUCUAGUGGAAAGAAGAGGUAUGAAAUAGUCAAGGGAAAAGAAGCCUAGGCUGGCAGAUAAAACCAGAGUGGGGGUGAGCUCUGAUCGUUCGCCAAGUGCCACGUUGAGGGUAUGCGUGAUCUCAUUCACUCUCACAAGUCCCCCUCUGAGGGAGCCACCACCACUCCCCUGACCCGCACACAGGUAAGGCUCGGAGGCUUCCAGAGCUUACGUGGCACGCCCAAGGGCACAUGGGAUGAAGCGCGCAGCAGGCGGCUCUGGGAGAUGUUCGGUGUGCUAACCUUUAGGUUUGCCUGCUUGAAGGGGUAGUGCAUCCCACAGGUCCAUCCCCACAAGAGCUCAGGACAGGAAGAGGAGCCUUGAAGGGGAGGGAGAUGAGGGGCAGAGGGAAGCACUGGGCACUCACCUCUGGAAGGAGGCCACGCGGUCUUUCAGAGCCUGCACGAAGGGGAGGAUCCAGUGAUGGCGCAGAACCACGCUCUGGGACAGGCUGAGGUGGAAGGCCUCCAUCCUUACCAGCCGGGGGACGUAUGUCUGUGCAUGGGGCAGCAGCACGUCAAGCAGGUCCAGGAACUCCUCCGGGGCUUCAUCUGGAGGGGAGGAGUGGAGAGGGUGGGCCAUUCUCUUAGCCAGGGCGGCAUGGCUGGAUGAAGCCCAGAAGGCGGAGAAAGGCUUUUGAGAGUAGCCUAUGUCUAUGUAUUUCGAAUAAUACUUUAAUAUGCAUUUAUGGCUACAGAAGUAACACAUACAUGCUCUUUGAAAAGAAUUCAAGUGAGAAAAGAAAUAUGUGACAGAGAAAGUAGGGGCCCCUGAUAUCCUACCACGUACAGCAGUGGUCUCCAAACUACUGUGAUUGCACAGGCCCUUAGUCAACCAAGCUUGCCCACAUACCCACAAUAAAUGUGUAUUUAUUUCUAAAUUACAAACAUGUGCUACACUGCAAAAUUGUGUGUGUUAUAAAAUGCACACUUGGAACAACAGAAAUUUUAAAAGAUGAGAUAAAGAGAAACACAUUAAAAGGUUUUAAUAC